AUGGCGACUGCACAGAGAAAACUCUUGCAAAACAGGCAAGUGGAAUCUCUUGUCCUUUUUCUGUGCAUAUCUGUGGGGGGUGCGGCAACCAUUCGCUAUUCAGUGGCGGAGGAGAUGGAGAGCGGUUCUUUUGUAGCGAAUGUGGCAAAGGACCUAGGGCUGGAGGUAGGGAAGCUGGCUGCACGAGGGGCAAGGCUCGUUUCUGAGGGCAACAAGCUGCAUUUCCGGCUCCACCGUAAGACAGGGGAUCUGUUUGUAAAGGAGAAAUUGGAUCGGGAGUCACUUUGUGGCAAAGCUGACCCAUGUGUUCUGCACUUUGAAAUAGUUUUAGGGGAGCCACUGCAGUCCUUCCGCGCUGAAGUCAGGGUAUUUGACAUCAAUGACAAUGCCCCGGUUUUCCUAAACAAGGAACCGGUUUUAAAGAUUCCAGAGAGCACCCCUCUGGGCUCACGUUUUCCUCUGCAGAGUGCCCAGGACCUGGAUGUCGGCCUCAAUGGUCUGCAGAACUACACGUUGAGCGCCAAUGCCUAUUUCCACCUGCACACCCGCUUCCGCAGUCACGGGCCUAAAUAUGCUGAGCUGGUGUUGGAUAAGCCCCUGGACAGAGAGGAGCAGCCCGAAAUCAACUUGACUAUUACCGCGGUGGACGGCGGGUCCCCGCCCAAGUCUGGCUCCGCCCACAUCCGCGUGGAGGUCCUGGACGUCAACGACCACGUGCCCCAGUUCUCGCGGCUAGUGUACCGCGCUCAGGUACCAGAAAAUAGUGCCAACGGUUCUUUGGUGGCCACGGUGACGGCCACGGAUCUGGACGAGGGCUCCAAUAAGGAGAUAACUUAUUCCUUAGCCCAGAACCCGCAAGCAGUCCUCCAGACGUUUGAGAUAAACGCUCAAACUGGAGAGGUGAGGCUCCGAGGCCCUCUGGAUUUUGAAGCUAUUGAAACUUACGACAUUGACAUUCAAGCCACCGAUGGAGGAGGCCUCUCUGCUCACAGCAAAGUUCUGGUGGAAGUGGUGGACGUGAACGACAAUCCUCCCGAAGUGACGGUCUCCUCUGUCUCCAGCCCUCUCCCUGAGGACUCCCCGUUACAAACUGUAGUGGCCCUUUUCUCUAUCCGAGAUAGGGACAUUCGAGUAGGAGGAAAACUCAGCUGCUUCAUCAGAGAAGACCUUCCCUUCACAGUCAAGCCUACUUUCAGGAAUUCUUACUCGCUGGUCACUGACAGAGGUUUGGAUCGGGAGGAGGUUUCAGGCUACAAUAUCACUCUUGUUGCAGUGGAUACUGGACCACCCAAUCUGUCCACGGAGACUGUGAUAGAGGUGCUAAUAUCCGACAUCAAUGACAAUCCCCCACUAUUUCAGGAAGACUCCUAUCUCUUGACGGUUCGAGAAAACAACAGUCCUGCAGUUUUUAUUGGUAAAGUCCAUGCUGAGGAUCUGGAUGUGGGUGAAAAUGCCCAAGUAACAUAUUCGCUACUGCCUCCAAAAAGUGGAGACCUAUCAGUCUUUGCUUACAUUUCCAUAAACUCAGACAAUGGGAAGCUCUAUGCACUGAGAACAAUGGAUUAUGAGGCCAUUCAAGAUUUUCAGUUUGUGGUCAAAGCAACUGAUGGUGGCUUUCCAUCCCUGAGUAGUGAAGUCACUGUCCGCGUGGUUGUCCUGGAUGAUAAUGACAACCGGCCAAUGAUUCUGUAUCCACUGCAGAAUGGCACCUUGCCUUGCAAUGAUCUAGUGCCCAGGUCUGCAGAGGCAGGUUACCUUGUGACUAAGGUGGUGGCUGUGGAUGGUGACUCGGGUCAGAAUUCUUGGCUUUCGUAUCAUCUACUUAAGGCCACUGACCCUGGGUUAUUUUCUGUUCAACAACAAAAUGGGGAGAUCCGCACAUCGAGGCAGAUAGCUGAGAGAGACCCCAUGAUGCAGAAACUGAUGAUUCUUGUUCAGGAUCAUGGCCAACCAGCUCUUUCCACAACUGCCUCACUCAACAUUCUGCUGGUAGAUGGCUUUUCUGAGCCCUACCUACAGUUCCGGGAUCCAUCCAACCAUCCUACAAGGGUAAAUCCAUCCACUAAAUACCUGGUCAUUUCUCUGGCUGUACUCUCCUUUCUCUUUCUCCUCUCUGUCACAGUGAUCUUUGUUAUACACCUUUACCAAAAGAUUACUAAGUAUAGAGAAAAGUUCACAAUUCAAGAGCAUUUCUAUGAUGACUGUAAUUUCCCUAACAACCUUGGUGGAGCCAACGGAUCCUUAUCCCAGCCUUGUUCCUACGAAAUGUGCUCAGUCACUGGUACUGGCAAUAGUGAGUUCCGGUUUCUUAAGCGUUUUAUGCCCAAUUUCCCCUUCCCCCAUGGUACUGGAGAGGUAAAGACAGAGGCUGGCUCCAGGUUGGCACAAAAUCCUAAAAGGAAUAGAUCUCGGGGAUCAAAGAGUCAUGCCCAAGUAGCUGAUGACUAUAUGUAG